AUAAUUAAUUACUUGAAAUAAUUGAAGCAUCGUAAAAAUUAUAAUUUGUGAUAAAAUAUCAUUUUUUUACUUUAAUUUGAAAUAAUGAUAUAACUCAAGUUUACUUAAACUUCAUGUUUUUAUGACCUUUGAUCUUUAUUCAAACAUAUCAAAAACGCAACACUGUGAUAAACUUUUUGUUCAUUUGAAAAGAGGAAUGGAAAAAAACUAAUAACUAAUUAGUGAUUUUAAUAAUCAAAUCAUUUUAUAGUCAAAUAUUAAAAUGAGCUUUUUAACAAGAGCUAAUGGAUUGAUUGACGAUAGUGUUGAAGUACCUUUGGAAACUACUCCAAUAAGACUUCGUUCGAAUCCUGGAGGAACCAACACUAUUGGAACUAUUUUUUUAAUCAUCAAUGCAACCCUUGGAGCUGGACUACUCAACUUUCCUCUAGCCUUUGAUCAAUCUGGAGGAGUAGCAUCAGCAAUAAUAGUGCAAUUGAUCUUUUUGGUGUUCAUUGUUGCUGCUCUAGUCGCCCUAGCAAAUGCCAGUGACAUUACGAAGACGUCAUCAAUGCCAGAUACCCUAAGUGGUUUAUGGGGACCAAAAGCUUUACUAAUCUGUGGGAUAUGUGUUACCAUCUACAGCUUUGGAUGCUGUUUGACCUUUAUCAUCGUUAUUGGAGACCAAUUUGAAAGGGUUUUAGCUACUUACUAUGGAAUGGAUUAUUGUCAUAAUUGGUUUUUAUCAAGAACAUUUAUUACAAGCAUCAUGUGUACUGUUUUUAUUCUACCUCUGAGCUUCUUCAAAAGACUAGAUUUACUAAGCUAUGUGAGCUCUAUUGGUUGUGUCACUAUUUUGUAUGUAGUUUGGGUAAUAAUUUAUGAGAGUAUUAGUGAUCCUAAUUAUCCAAAACCAACUCAGGAGUGGCCAGAAGGUGUAAACCAGGCUUUUCAAAUAAUUCCACUCAUUUGUUUUGCUUAUCAGAGCCAUAUGACAUCAAUUCCAACUUACGCAUGUAUGAAAGAUCGUAACAUAUGGAAAUUCACCUGGUGUGCAAUAAUUAGUAUGGCUGUAUGUUUCUUAUGCUAUACAAUUGUUGGGAUUUUCGGAUACAACAGCUUUGGUAUGGGUCAUGUACCAAGUGAUAUUCUUCAAGGAUACUCGGAUAAAAGUGUUUCCCUAGCGAUUGCAAUAAUUGCUAUAGCAGUGAAGAACUUUACAACGUAUCCAAUUGUUUUGUUCUGUGGCCGGAAUUCACUGCUGGGUCUUUUUCAUGCAGAUGUAGAGCACAAUGCCACUAUUCGAGCUGCUGUAACUCUUCUUUGGUUUAUUUUAUCACUUGUCAUUGCCAUUGUUGUCUCAGAUAUAUCACCAGUUAUAAAUUUAAUGGGAACACUCUCAGCUGCAUUUAUAUUUGUUUUUCCUGGACUUUGUUUAUUACAAAGUGUUCUUGUUAAAGAUCCACCAUUAUAUUUGAAUAAAAAUCGAUUUCUUAUUUUUGCUGCUAUUGUAAUGACUGCGUUAGGUGGAUUUGUGUGUGGACUAGUGUUUGUUCAGUCAGCUGAAGUUUUUUUCAACGUUCCAACAGAGAAAAAACAUGUUACAGUGCUGAGGAUAGGUUUUGGAUCGAGUUUAUGUGUUUGAAAAUAAAAAAAAUAUAUUUGUUUGA